AUGAACCUACGUGGUCUCGACUCAAAAAGCAUGGUUGACGUAAAGGAACGGACUGUCCAAUAUGCGAAGCUUGCUUCAUUCAUGAAUGCGGAUCCCGACGAGAUUGCUUUUGGCCCUUCGACAACAGGAAUGCUCCGAACACUUACCAACUCCCUUCGACCAAAUCUAAAUACCGAUUCGGAAAUGAUAGUCUCAGUUCUCUGUCAUGAGGCCGGCGUGACUGCGUGGGUUGCAUUGGCACAGAGCCUCGGGAUCUCAAUCAAAUGGUGGGUGCCAGACGGAGGAAUGGGAAACAACAAAGAUCCCAAGCUCAGCAUAGAUACCCUCCAAUCUCUCUUAUCAUCUAAGACGAGGCUAGUAUGCUGCGGGCACGUGUCAAACAUCACUGGAACAAUCGAACCCAUCAAGGAAAUUGCGAAGCUUGUUCACACAAUCCCUGAGGCGCUGAUUUGCGUGGAUGGAGUUGCCUGGGCUCCCCAUUGCGCGAUCGACGUGAAGGAUUUGAACGUGGACUUCUAUGUGUUUAGCUGGUAUAAGGUGUUCGGGCCUCACAUUGCACAAAUAUAUGCUCGCCGCAGCGUCCAGAAGCGUUACUUGACGAGUCUCAACCACUACUUCUUUGACCCAGCUGCUCUACACGUCAGGCUAGGCCUUGGCAACAGCUGUAUUGAGCUUGAGCAUGCUGUGACUCCAAUCAUCACCCAUCUCGUCGACAAUGUGGGUUGGGAUUCCGUUAUUGCCCACGAGGAGGUCAUCACAGCACACAUCCUGGACUACCUCACAGCCAAUCCAGAUCUGUACAUUGUAUAUGGAUGUCAAACGGCAGAUCCCAAGGCUCGCGUUUCUUUGAUUAGCUUCACAGUUAAUGGACUGGCAUCCAACAACGUCGCGGCGAUCAUUCACGAGACCUCGAACUUCCGGCUCAUCACGGGUGAUUGCUGGUCCCCCCGGACCGUUCACGAUGUCAUUGGACUGCCGGACUACGGCAUCAUUCGGAUAAGCUUGGUACAUUACAAUACUUUGGAGGAGAUGCGGGCAUUCACACACAAGUUGGAUCAGGUGGUACGAUCUAUGAAAAACUAG